AUGUCAGAUGAGGAAUAUUAUGACGAACCAGCUGAUGAUGAUGAGUACGGCUCUGAUGAGCACGAAAGAGAACCUGAAGAAGAAAAAGAAGAAGAAGAAGACCAGGAUGAGGAUGAGGAGGAGGAGGGAGAAGAUGAGGUAGAGCCAGAAGAUGAAACGGAGCACGAGGGUUCUGGAGGGCACGACGACGAAUAUCCUAAACCAGCUGAUGAUUAUGGCUAUGAUGAUGUCGAGCAUGAAACAAGCGACCAUGAGACUCACGACGAUUCUGCUCACGAAGGCGGCGAACAAGAGGAAGUAACUGAUUUCAUAUUUCUGAAUGAUCAAAAUUGCUUGUGCACUAAAGGCUCAAUAGCUGGUUUUGGUGGUGGAAGCUUUGGUGAUAUUGUCGCUGGAAUCGGCUCUAUUGCUGGAGCGUCUGGA